UGAUGCACAUCUUCGUCUCUUUAUCCCACCAAAAGAGAAAGCAAAACGAUUCCUUAAAAUACUACAACCUGAAAUGCACGCACUUAAUUAAUAUCGAUGUGCAUUAUUGUCACAGUUCGUUAUCUGGAAAUAACAAUUUUCCAUUCGAAGUACUGGUUUCAUUCAGCUGAAAUAAGAGGAUAGCAAUGGAGCAGCGAACGGAUUUGCUGCACUGUAGGAAUGCCUGAUGAAAAGAAAAACGGCGUGGCGUGUUGCAUUUAUCACGUCAGCGUAGAGUGAGCUGGAAGAAUGUUCACUGUUCCUGCGGACAAGGUGGACCUCGACACACAUUUCAACAAUGAGGCGCGGCAGGCACUGUCAUUGGUAAUUCACUCCUCCCAUGUGACAGAAGCCGACCCGGCCAAGAGGGUCACCUUCUUCAAGAGCGGGGACACUCAGUUCGGUGGCGUCAGAAUGGCCGUUCACAAACGCAGCUUCAAGUGCUUCGACGCCCUCCUGGAUGACCUCUCCCAACGAGUGCCGCUGCCUUUCGGGGUGCGAACCGUCACUACGCCUAGGGGCACCCGCAGCAUAAACUGCUUGGAGCAGCUGGAAGACGGCGGGUGUUACCUCUGCUCGGACCGCCGGCACGUCAAGCCCAUCUGCAUGGAGACAUUCAGACGAAGGUCUAACGUUUGGCAUCCAGGUAACCCCCACGUCAUCCACAGGAAGCCCACCCGUCCAGAGGACGCACCCACCGCCCGCUCAAGUAAGCAGUACCACUGGCACCCCAAGACUAUUGUCCUGGUAAAGAAUAACGACCCAGCGGUGCGGAGAUCCAUCGUUCUCAGCAGGAGGACUACACGCAACCUCAAGGUCUUCAUUGAUGAGAUCUCCCAACUCAUGCAGUGCCACAUCAGAAAGCUUUACACGCUGGAAGGGCACAAGAUUGACAGCAUCCACAGCCUUAUGCAGUGCCCCAGUGUGUUAGUCUGCGUUGGGCGUGAGCCUUUUUAUCCACUUUUGGUGGAGAACUUGAGAAAGAGCUCAGAUGAGAAACUUCCAGGACUGACUUCAAGAUCACGGUCUUCUAUUUGCAGUGAAAACCACGAAAGCACGAAAAAUGCAGUCAAUUUUGGACUUGAGACAAAGAAAAGUAUCAUCCACCCAAGAUCAGAUUCAAGUAACAGGUCGACCCGAUUUUCCUUGUCAUCAGAAAAAUCAUGCCCCAAUGGACCGCACAUGGCUCAUGACCAUAAGGCUCAUGUUGGUACUUGUUCACAUGCACAUGUCACACUGAUGAAUGAUGACAUUGAGAAAAGAGUUCUUGUUAAUAAAGAUGGGAGUCUGUCAGUGGAGAUGAAAGUACGGUUCCGUCUCCUUAAUGACGAAACCCUCCACUGGUCUACUGAAAUUAAGAAGUCAGUGGGGACUGUUAAUGACUCUGCUUUCGGAAACAAAGAGUCCCAUUAUCUACAGCAAGGCAAUUCUGAAAGCUGUUCAGAUCCAGAAUCCAAUGUACAAGGUGAACAUGAAGAACUGUACGUAUCAAAAUGCAACCAGAGGUAUCUAGAUGAGUCCCGAGAGUGCCGAAAUGACUGCCGUCAUUGCAAAGAGUACGACAUCUGGAAGAAUCCUUUGCAUGGAGACCAGAGGAGCAUCAGGCAUUUUAGAUCUUCAAGUUCAAAUGCAUCUUCCCAUAAAAUUGUAUGCAAAAAGGAAUCUGUGGAGAGCAUGGCUACAAUUUCUCAAUCCAGUGAAGAGUACGCAGAGCAUGUCGCACAAAAAGAAACUUGUUUUCAGCAGACUGUGAAGGCUGGGGAUACCAAAGUGGAAUAUCGUGCCGUCAGUCACUGCUGUAGCUGCAGUGAAGUCUGUGCAAAGUCUGACAGCAGAGGCUCCAUGGACGAAAAGUGUAAGAGUCCUGAGAAUGAUGAAACCAGCUCUAACAGUUUAGCCUCUGUAAGCAUCAGAAGUUCACAGAAAGAGAAUGUUAGAGUCGCACAGAUCUCAGAGGAUAGACCUGUAUCAGGAACGAGCAGCACCUCGAAGAUCUUGGAGAAACUCAAGGGGUAUCAGGAUGAUGAAGAUACUGAUGAUGACGAACUCCCACCAAGCAUAUCAAGAGCAUCCUUGUGGCCUCAUGGCGACGAUCCUGAUGAUAGGGGGAUAAUGGGAAGUAUUGCAUCUAAUUGCUCCAUCACUGCACACAAAUCAGUUUACUCUGUGAACCAUUUGCCACCCAAACCUCCAAACAAAGCAUCUUUCUGCUGUACUCAGUCAGGAAAGUCUAGACAUUACAGCACGUCUGUAUCUCCUAUGAUAGAGCUACUAGUAAACCAGGCUGAAAAUGAAAACAAUGAGGGUGUACGUAGUGCUAUAUCAGCUGUUUCAAAACUGUCAUCUAAACCCAGAAAAUCUCACAACUCUGAUAUAGUUUCAGUUGUACCAGGGAGUGUUAAGGUAGCUAUUGCUGAGAGUGAUUCCAGAAAAGCUAGCACUAGAUCGAAAUGUAGCAAUGCAUCAAGGUUGUCAAAGAAAUCAUAUAAUAUGAACUAUAAUAUGACUGAUAUUCCCGAAUCAUUGUUUACCGGCCAAGGUCCAGAUGGACAAGAUGGACAUGAAAGAGCUAUCAGCAUCUCACAAAGAUCCAGGAAGUCUAAUGCAUGUCCACAUUGUGGGGGUUCUGACAGAUCCGGAUUAAAGGCAUCUGCGAAUCUUUUUGAUAUGAAUGUUGAAUACCAUAGUUCCAGAUCAGUUAGUUCUGCGUCAGACAGAACAAAUACAUCAGAAAUGUCCAUGAAAUCUGAGAAUUAUAAAAAUAUUACCCCAGUUUUAAAUGUAUCGAAAAAUGAAACCAAUAGCCAAUUGAGAAAAGAUGAACAGGGGAUUCGAGAAAGACAAGAAACAUCUGUAUCUGCGAAAACAAGUGAUUCUGAAAAAAUGAAUAGUUCUAAUAAAGCAGAAAUUGUUCAUGGUGCAGAACAAGAGGAGAUAGUAGAGACAGAGGGAAUAGCAUCACAUGCAGCAUCAGCCAAAAUCAGCACAAUUUCGGCACAAUUUAGGACAUCCAAGAUAUCAAAUUGUAAUGCAUCUGUAAAGUCAAGUCAACAGUCAAGCACAUCUGAAUGUCCUGUUCAAGGCGACGAAGGGAGAGAAGAUGAGGAUACAGAGAAAUGUGCAGUCAGUGAUAUGUCUGUCAAACCUAAUGGGUCAUCAGAAUCAAGACAGUCUGACGAGUUUCAGCAUAAUGACUCACAAACAGCAGAGUCAGUAGCAACAGAUAAUCUUUGCAACCAAGAAGCUGAGACGGAACAAGAAGAGAGGAUGGACAUGGCGAGUAGUGCGCUGUCCGCCUCGGUAAAUGCUUCUAAUAGUUUGGGGAAGUCGCAUCACAUCAGGAAUCCAAAUACAUCAGAUAGUAUUGCAACAGACAGAGCACUGAAGAGGGUAGAAAGAGCAGAGAAGGUAAGCAGGGAGACGUCCUACAGACGUAUGAAAUUGGAAAGAUCAGAAAUAUCUGCUAGUCACCACAGCACGGCAGCUCUGAAUGAUAGUGAGGAAAGAGCAGCCAGCACUGUGUCUGCUGGCACCAAAGUCUCUUGGAAAUCAAAUCCAUCAGACACAAACCCCUGUGGUGCAUGUGAUGGAGGCUCACACCCAGCGACACCCUUACCAAAGAUAUCUGGCAACUGUGAAAACGACAGCGAACUGGAGAGUGAGAUGAGAGUGAGAAGUUCAUUGUCUGUCGAUUCCAAAGCAUCUGACACUAAAGCGUCCAGUAUAUGUCAAAUUAAUGACACGGAGAAUAGUGGAACAUCUUUAGCUGUAAAAAUACCAAAGAACGACAUAGACCAAAGUGAAGAAAGAGUUGAAAAUGUGGUAUCGCUAAAAUCACAGGCCUCUGCUACAUCCACCGAAUCUAAUAGCAUUACUAAAAAAAACAUUACUAAAGCUACAGCAAAAUCAGUAACACUGGGUACCGCAAAUGGAAAGGGGUUGAAACACAAUGAGGAAAGUGCUGAAGAGAGACUAAAGAGCAAAGCAUCUUUCGAGAGCAAUGUUUCAGAGCGAUCGGAAAUGUCCAGAGAAAGUGACCACUGCUUAUCUAAGUCGAUAAGUACACCUACAAAGACACUUCAAAGUGAUGAACAGGAGGUAACAAGUGUGGAAUCUAUUUGCAGAAAAACUCCCACAAAAUGCAAAACAAGCAGCCACUUGAAUAUAAAUGAUGACAGAGUACCCUCUGCCUUGUCAAAUGGCUCUGCCAGAAAUAAAUCUUCUUCGGGAGACUUGCAACUCCGUUGCAGAGAUUCUGCUGUUUCGGAACACAGGGAGAAGGAUUUUGAAAAUGAAGAUACUGAGAAGCAAGAUGUCAGUGAAUCUGGUACUGUAAUCAAAAAAGGAACAGCUAUAGUGAGAGAUGCUGAUGAAGAACUUACUAGAACCUGUGAUCAUGAGAGUGUUCAUUCUGUAAAAAAGUCAUCUAGAAAGGACACAGAAAUGAAUAAAACCUCAAGGACUAAUUCAGCAGCUGUGUCGAUAGUCACUUGGAAUUGUCUUAGUCCCAGUCCUUCAAAGGGGGUUUCUAAAAAAAAUAAGAGUCCUGCAUUACAGAAUGGGAAUUCACAUGAUAGCAAUUUGUCUUACUCACCCUCUGCAACUGAUUUAUUGAAGUAUAGGUCUGAAGAUGUCAGACCAGAUACUGCUGAAUCCAAGACAAAAAUUACUGAGAAAACUUACAAUUGUGUCCUUGAAGUCACAGAGUCAUACAAGAAUGUAAAUGAUAACAGAAAUGACAAAGGCGGCAGAUGCAGACGCAGGAGAAGAAGUAGCUCCUCACUGCCAAAAAAAGAAGCAGAAGUAUUGGGGAUAGUGCCUUCCUGUUUACCUAACACGUCCCCCAGAGAAGUAGUACACGAUUGGUUGAAAAAAAUACCAACAGACAGUCCCAUAUAUGAUGCUGGAGAGGAAUUUGAUGGACAGGCAUAUGAAACAAACAUACAAAAAAAUCCAACUGAAAAGGAGGAGGAAUCAGCACCGAAGGGAUCGAUGACAUUUGACGAUGAGCCGGUCGCGGCAGAAGAAGAAAACAAAGAGGAAAAUGGCGGUAAAGAGGCUGAUGAUGAAGACAAUAAGCCCUUUGAAGAAUCAACCAGGUCACGGCUUCCGAAAGUUGAUGAACAAGCACCCAGUAAAUGUGCCAACAGGGAAGCCUUGCAAAAAAGCUGUCAGUCUUCAGUACAGGUGAUGAAGGUUCUGUUAAACCCAAAAUUGGAUAGAUGCAACAGCCUACCAGAAGUGUCCCACGUAUAUGGAAGAAAACUCAGCAACUCAGCCAAAGGGCUAUUGGAUUGCCUUGCAAAUCUUCAGCUGAUAGACACGGAUUCUGCUGAUGCCACAGCUAGGGAUGCCCGGUAUAACGAACUGAUGAACGUCCUCCAGUCACUUUGGCUGUGUGAUCCUUUGGACAACGAGAAAAGUGUUCCAUUCAAAAACCAUCGAUCAGCGGAUGAUCCAAAGUCCUCAUCUGGUGUAGAUGUUAGUAGUGGUUCUGCAGGCUCUGGAAAGGGCAGUGAUAAUGGUAGAAUAUAUAUGGCACAAAAAACGGAAUUACCACUAAGUACGGGCAAUGCACUUGUUGACCAGAAUCCAUUACAACCAUUGGAAGAAGAAAUUGAAUUUACUUCAUCCAGACUAAUUUUGGAUGGAGAAGAAACAGUUACUCUGUCUGAUCCAGCGACUCCUGACAUAGCCAUGCGUGUGAGGGAUAGCCCUGUAAGUGAGGAAGAAGGUUCUGAUUCCAAGAGACAAGAAGAUAAACACAAAGGUCCAGGUUCAAAUGAAACAAUCAGAAGUGAUGAAAGUCCAAAGGAAAUUAUAGAAACACCUUCCACAUCGAAUAGAAGUUCAGGGAAUGAAGGUAAUAUGUUAAAAUUAGCAGGUGAGACUGUAAGAGAUAUAAAGGAUGUCGCAAGUUCUCGGACACUUCCAUAUUCAGAAAACAUAAGAGAUAAAAAAGUUUCCAAAGACCCAGAUCCUGUCUGGGUUUUGAAUUUGUUAAAAAAACUAGAAAAGCAGUUUAUGACACAUUAUGUAAAUGCGAUGGCAGAGUUUAAAGUACGAUGGGACUUGGACGACAAUGUAAUUCUGGAUGCUAUGAUAAAUGAACUGAGAGAAGAGGUAAGCAGGAGGAUACAGUCAAGCAUCAAUAGAGAGCUGCAAAAAAUUCACAGUCGGGCUGGAAGGGAACCAAGGCCUCCACUGCAAAGCAUCUCCCGAGAGUCUUCUGCACAAACUGAGCAACGACGUAGACGUCUGAAGGUCAUGCACAACAAAUCUAUAAAGGAUUCACUUCAGAGAAGUGAAGAAAAUUAUACCGUCACCGGUACAGAUUUUAGCGAUCAACGCAGUGAAGACGGAUACUGUCCGUGUGAAACAUGCAUGAAAAAGAAAAUGGCUUCCAGACUUCUAGAGCAGAAAAAAAAUGUAUGUUCUGCGCCGGUGAUGAUGGAUUUUGAUCUAAGAAAGAUUCUCCAGUUGAAAAGGCAACCUCCUGCAAUUUUAAAAGAACGACCAAAUGUUGAAGUGAGAACUGUUGGUGGCAAUGGAAACCAAGACACAAAUGAAAAUGUUAAGGUCUUGCAGGGGGAGGGGAACAGGGAAAAGGCCAAGCUUAAGGAAUUGGAAAGAGAUGAAAUUGAAAAUGAAGCUGAUGAAGGAGUGGAAAGUAUUAGCAGAGAACAAAUGACUGGUAAUCAAUUAGAGAAAAAAGAGGGAGGUACUGCAAAAGAUGAUGCCGGUAAGUCAGGCAAAGACAGCGAGGGGAUUGAUGUAGCUGAGAAAGGAGAAGGUGGUCAAGUAUACGGAGAAACAGGAGGAGGAGAUAGUGAGCUAACGAAUGAUGGUAUUGCUGGAGAAAAUGCGGCUGAAGACAGUGAAGAGGACGGCGUGACUAUUAAAGAAGAAGACUGGGCCAAUCAGGAUGGCAUAACUGAAGAAAAUAUUGCAUCUCCUGAAGUGGCAAAGGGACUUGCAGAUGGUGAUAAAGGAGAAGCUGACAAAUAUGGUAGCAAUGAAGAAUACAGCAGAGCUGUGGCUGAAACCACGGAAGAUUAUCCAGGUGAAGGAAACAGAACCCAUGAGGAUGAUGAUUCACGUUGUGUUGGAACAGCUGAAGAACAUUCUGCAGAUAAAAUUGACAAUGCAGAAGGACAAAAUCCCGAAACCAGCGAAGAUUGUGAUUCAGUUAAAGAAGAUGGAUGUGAUCAGCUGAAAGAAUCUUAUGAACAGACAAAGACAGAAGUCAACACAGCUAUAGAGAGACAGGAAACAGAGGAUAUUGAUGUGACUGUAAGAGUACAUGUUGCUGAAACAUGUAGUAUAGAGGGCAAUGCUGAGGAACAACAGCAUGACGGUGAUAUAGCAGAGGAUGUUUCAGAAACAUGUUGUAGCAAGAUUCACUGUUGAAGAAUAUCAGAAAAAUGGUCCUGGCGAAACUGGAGCUGGAAAAUGCACCAGAAAGUGGCAACCAGGUUGGAUGAAGACAGGAAUAUCAAGUUUGCAGAGUCUUCUGAUGAUUCAAGUGUCUCCGAGGAGAGUCAAGAUAGCUCAAGUAGCAAACAAUGCUUAUCCAAAACUGAGUCAUCCAGUGACCGUCAGGGGUUGGGAAUCUAGAAAAGCCAUGAAUUCACUAAAGCUGAUGAACAAUGUUCUUGAAUCAUAUUACAUUAAGCACUUUAUCAUUCCUCUAUCAUUUCAGCUUUUCUUUAAUGGGGUCUGGAAAUUUCAGAUAUAUUCAGUAGGAUAAAAACAUUCUGGUAUAUUUUGAAACAGGGUGGCAUCUGGAAAAAAAAUGUGUGUGUAUAAUUAUGUAAUUGUAACACAAAAUGUACUGUAAUCAAAAUGUCUCAAAAUUUUAUGCUGAUAUUUCUACAGUUGUAAGCCUUAGUCAAACUGUUGUUGUCAUGGAAAGAAACACGAAGGGUGGAUCAAAUAUUGUAGUUUGCAUAUAUAAUGAAAUAUUAAAGGUUUUGUGAUAUUAAUUAAAAUAAAAGUUAUUCACAAAUAUUAAGGAAAAUGAUGCAUAUGAACCUCAGGGAAGUAGUAAUAAAUUUUCACAUAUUGAAUACAAAUAGUAUUUUUAAAUCUAUCAACAAAAAGGUCUAAUUUAAUUAAUAAAUUAAUAACGUCACAGAAAGAUUUCAAGAAAUUUAAGCAACUCCAAAAGUCAUUUUAAUGUUUGACAAAAUAUUGUUGUUUAUAAGACGAAAAUGACGAAGGUGUUUAAAAUAUUACUGUUUCCUAUGUACACGUCUGCAUUCAGUGCAAAGUUAAUCAACACAUAGCUUAUUAUAUGAAGUAUGGCUGAAGGCAUAAGUCUGCUCUCUUAAAAUAGGCUGGGCAUUUUCAGUAAAUAUAAGUAUUUCAUAUAAAUGAUGAGGGAGCCUUUGAAGAAACCAAUGGAGUUUGUAUCACGCGCAUAUAUCACGCAUCAUUGACUACACCAGUGCAAAUAGCUUUAAAAAAUACCAGCUGAUAAUUAAUGAAGAUCACUGGGAUAUUUAUUGCAGAUAAAAAAGUCUGCCCUGUUAAUAUAAUAUACAACAUGCAAUCUAAUAAGAACGUGUAGGAAGAAAGCAGAAAGGAUACCAUGUCUUGUGUUAAUACCAAGAAGCAUACAUUUAGUCAGUAAAGGUAAUAUAACAUGUGUUUACUGUAUAAUUUUUUUGUGUAUAACUUAAUUGAUGCUGAUGGAACCUGACUGAUGUUUGAAGAUUAUUUUUGCACUUGGCCCUAAUGAUUCCUGUGUUUCCUGAAAUUUUAUAAGUAUAUAUGACUGGUAGCCAGGAAAUCCAGGGGGCAAAAAAAGAAAUAAAUUUUUCAAAUAAUGUAUAAUUGUAAUACUAUCCAUCCAUCCACCCAUUUUCCAACCCGCUUAUCCCGCUGGGCUGCGGGGGGUCCGGAGCCUAUCCCGGAAGCUAUGGGCACGAGGCAGGGAACAACCCAGGAUGGGAGGCCAGCCCAUCACACCAUAAUACUGUUCUUCAUGAAAUAAAGCAUUUCGAGUAUGAGUUUGUUGAGUAAAUAUUUUAAGACCUGGAUUUUAUUGCCAUUAUAAGCAUCAUUUUGUACCAUAUCAGGAGUGAAUUUAAUGCAAAUAUAUAUUGCUUGUGUUAUGCUUAUAUUAUUUGAUAUACUGUCUGUAAACUUACUAAAAUAUUAAUACACUAAAAUAUUAUGGCUUGUCUUUUAAUUUUUU